CUCUACCAGCGGCACUACAUCGCGUUAUCUCCUCACUCGCUAUUCGACAGAUCGUGGACCGCGCGCGAACAUCGUCGAAUGGAUCAUUUCGUUUUCCUCUGCCGCCCUGCCUUCUCCAUCAUCGUUUAUUGUCUCUCGUUAUCUUGUCCCUUUCUCCCCAUCUUCGUCUCUCUUUCUCUCUCCUUCUCUCUAUUGCCCUUUCUUGCUCCUCGAUCAGACAAACUCUUUUCUCUUUCUCUCCCCCGUAUACGAACGUAUACGACUCGCGAAUUAAAAAGGAGGCCUGUGGCCGGCGCGCUUGGAAUUAAUCGCGGGAACGUGGCGAGUGAUCUUCGAGCUGUGUCGAUUGCGCCGCUCUUGAAGCUCUUGAAGCUGAGUGGAUCAAUUAUCUCGUUAUCGGGUGAGCUCUUGGUUGAGGAAAAGGAAGUAUGAGGAAUAUAUCUUGUGAUUAUCAACAGAAAGUGAGCCCUUAGAAGGAGGAGGCGGAUUCGGCAGGAUUCUUUCUCGUUUUCAAAUAAAACAUUCCAGACAAUUAGUCCUUCGAUUUUUUACAAUACUCUUGGCAAAGUCAUCGCGAGGGAUGUGGAGGCAGACAGAAACGAGAAGCGAACUGAAAUAGUCGGUCGAUUGAAACGAUCGUAAACUUUGAACGGGAUUUAAAAAGUAUCGCGAUCCUGCGCGAGACCGAAACGUCAAGUUGCACUCGAUAGCAGAUAGAGAAACUCGCUCGGUGUCUCUUUCUCCUCUUUUCCAACUCUCUUUCUCGGAGAGCUUGUUGUGAGUUACAUAAAGACGGAUUUUACUGGACAGUUAAUGAACCCGGUUGUGCGUGUGCCCGUGGAACGUUCAACGGCGACGAGGACGACAACGACAACGACGACGGCUACGACGGUGGUCGGGUUGACAUUACGCAAAAGCCAAGGAUGAAGGACCGGCAGCGGGACGACGAGUGAAAGUGAAGCCGGGGCAACGCGUCUUACCUGGACCAGGUGUGAAAGUGCAGUGCGUAAUACGAACCCGAGGGACGUAGUCGAAACCGCGUUAUCGGCAUCACAACGACGACGGUGGCGGUGGCGACGGUGGUGGCGGCGACAACGAGAAUGGUGAUGAGGCAAUGACGUGACGAUAACGAGGACGAUGAUGACGAGCGCUCGUUAUGAAGACAAUGCCCAGAGCGGUGAUGCCAGAUGAUAACAAUGAUCCCUUAUAGACGCGCGUGUAUCUUGGAUCAACGCAUUCUUGACCGGCAAUCGGAGCGUGGAGCAUUUAAUUAAUUAGGCUCUACCCGCCUAUUAUCUAAUCCGCUUUUAUCCAAGUGAGCUUGUUGACGCUUUCGUUGGUUAAUCGUGCAUCGACCAUUCGAGGACUAUCGACACAACCGGCCUGCCGCGUAGGAUUAUUAUAAGAACUUCUUCGCGCGAGAUACGUGCAUUAGUCGUCGGCAGGAAACGCAUCGAGUUUGGUUUCGUUGUAAUGCAACUGAGGAAGGAGAAACAGAAUCGAGAGCGCCACUAAAGUCGAGGAAAAAGGUAGCCCAUUCGGAGUAAGAACAAGAAAAAAGGAUCUGUCCUGAUCGCGCUGUCAGUUGGGGGUGAUCGUCGAUCCAGCACGAGUUCGAGAUAGCAUCGUUCCUCUUCACCACGUCAACCGCAACCAAAAUCGAAGAUGAGAUUCAUUACGUCCUUAUUAGGGUCCGGAUCCCCGAAGGUGAUGGGCAGGCAAUACAUGAAGGUCGGCAGAAACGCCCUUUUCGGCGUGAAGACUGAUCCCGCCGAGGAUAUAUGCACCGAGAAGGUGCCGAAGCCUCUUUCCCUGCUGAUCUUCAAAAAAGGAAAGCUCAGACACGGUAGAAUAACAGCGAUCUGCCUUGGUCUCCUCGCGCUUGUGAUCGGCAUAGUGCUCAGUAGUAUACCUUGGGUCGAUUACAUCAUCCUGAAACAACUGCGACUGUGGAACGGCUCGAUUUCAUUCCAUUACUGGCAAAAGCCGGGCGUAGUGCGACUUACCAAAGUAUAUAUUUUUAACGUAACCAACACGGAGGGCUUUCUGCAGUUCAAUGAGAAGCCGAAGCUUCAGGAAGUCGGACCGUUCGUUUUUCGAGAGGAUAUGGAAAAAGUGAACAUCGUGUUUCACAAUAACGGAACGAUCAGCUAUCAGCACAAGAAGAUCUUAAACUUUGUGCCCGAAAUGUCGAUAGACAAGAACACCAAAAUUAUAAUACCGAAUAUACCUUUACUAACAGUUUCGGAUCUAACCAAAAAUCUCCCGCGCGUAUUCACGCUCGGAUUGUCAAUGUUCGUAAGCGGCAUGCACAUGAAACCGUUCAUUCCAGUCACCUUUCAUGAAUUCGCCUUCGGUUACGACGAUCCAUUCGUUAGCCUUGGACAUACGUUUCUUCCUGAAAAAAGACGGCCCCUGAACAAAAUGGGCUUUCUACUUGGAAGAAACGGCACACUGAAAGAAGUGCAUACGUUAUUCACUGGAAACACUGAUAUGAAGAAGUUUGGUUAUCUCAAUCGAUUAAACGGGCUCGAUCACUUGCCGUUCUGGUCUGAGGCGCCUUGCAACUCUAUCACAGCUUCGGAGGGCUCCUUCUUCCCGCCGCGGGAUAUCACCGGCGCGGACAUCGUUUACGUCUAUGAUAAGGAUUUAUGCAGAGUGCUGGCAAUGCAAUAUCGUGGCCCGGUGAUGAAAACAGGCAUCCGAGCGGAUUUAUAUACACCAACAGACAAUACUUUCGAUUAUCUGGAUAAAUCCGCGCCUGAGAAUAAGUGCUUUUGUGAGCAUGACUUUGACACUUGCCCACCGCGAGGUUUACAGAGCAUCAGCCCGUGUCAGUACAACGCACCGAUCUACAUCUCUUUCCCACAUUUUUACAAAGCGGAUCCUAAAUUGUUGGACUCUGUUGUUGGACUCAAUCCGGUCGAGGAUCUACAUAAUUCGUACAUAAAGAUUCAGCCGAAACUCGGCGUACCGCUCGAAGCGAAACUUCGCCUUCAGAUGAAUCUGAUGGUGAAACGACAGCCCAACAUCGCGGCAAUCGCAAAUUUUCCCGACAUCAUCUUUCCAAUCAUGUGGCUCGAGGAAGGAAUGGAGGAGCUCCCACCGGUCAUCCGGAGAUUGAUCUUCUUGUCGACUUCGUUCGUCGACAUCGUCGUACCGUGCUUCACGUACGGCUUGAUUUUGGUCGGACUGACGACCAUCGUCGUGGUGUUCGUCAAGGUAUACAACAGCCCGGUGCUGGCGCACGAGGCGAUCGAGCUAGGCAAGAGGACCAUCAGGAGGAGCUCCUCUUUCCUGAUUAAUGGCCAACACCGACUGAUGGCCGGGAGGGAUUCGUACGUCCUGCUGAGCAACGAUAUUGACGAGAACCAAGAUAUCAUAGAGACCUGACGGAUCUGAUUAGGUAAGUACAUGCGUUAGCUUUAUUGUCGUACUCGUAGCGUACGGUAAUUAAUGACGCCUAGUCUUGACUGCGUUGACGAUUCAAUUGAAUUGAACGAUCCGCUGCGAAGAUGCAAUUGUUGUCACUUAUUUGCGCUUAUUUGUUGAGAAUCCGAACAACACGAAGCUGUUGUCUCAGAAAGUUUAAGUGUGAGUAGAAUAUAUAUAUAUAUAUAUAUAUAUAUAUAUAUAUAUAUAUAUAUGUGUGUGUGUGUGUGUGUGUGUGUGUGUGUGUGUGUGUUUAGGAGUCUCAGGUACUCAAACAACUACACUGAGAAAAUUAUAGUUGCUUUCGGCGUCAACUAUACAUUUUGUGAUUUUAACUACAAGAAUAAUGAGAAAAACAAUCUUUUUAAUAACACUUACUAAAUGGUUCUUCUAAUUAUUUUUCUGGUUAAAAUCACAAAAAUGUAUAGUUGAUGCCGAAAGCAACUAUAAUUUUCUCUCAGUGUAAAAGAGUUUCUAAGGUGUUUGAAGUUUAACCCUUUCGCGCUGACUCUUUUCUUAUAUAAAGAAAAAAUAAAUCAAUAAAGUAUUAGCUUGUUUUCACAUAUUACAAAGGUGAUGCAUAUCUUAGAUUAAUAAUUUUUUUUCUAGUUCAUGGGAUAUAUGUGGCUCAUUAAGCACAAAAGGGCCUAAAUAUUUACGAAAGGGUUGAGGUAUCUGCGACACGUGGCACUUAGGAUUUAGGAAAUGUAGGAUCUGAAUAGAUUAGAAUCUAUCAAUUAAUCUGGGUACUAAUUAACGUGUAAUUUACGAUAAGGAUACUUAGAGUUUAAGGAGGGUAGAGGGCUUAAGGAUUUACACGAGAAAUACAGAAGUCGCUCGUCGGGGCUAUUCUCCUAAAAUCUCGUGUAAUUCUAUUUUUUAUACUUGUCAUAUGAAGGACUGCGCGAGUCUUGACUGGUUUAGGAUUUAUCAAGCUCCACGAUUUCACCAAACAUUAGUGAAUUAUAUAGGGAAAGAUUGAAAUUUGUACAUAAAGAUAUGUAAAUCAUGAGAAUAAACCUCGAUUAGGACUUAGGAUUUUCUUGAUUAUCGGCUGAAUUGGGGGCCGAAGGGUCGAAAUAUACGAGUAAAUAAAAAACUUAAGAAAUUAUCAAAGAUGUCGUGCAAGAAUUCACGCACGUGUACGUGCGUAUAAGAUAGAUUGUUUAUCGAACAAAUGGCGUCCGAUCGAUUUCGUUCUAAAGUCGGGUAAGGCUAGGCAUCAUUAAUUGAUUACGACUUUGUUAAAAAUAAUCGGUUAAGUAUUUGCACAGUGUGAUAAGACACGACGUAACUCAACGCGUCCUCUUCGACUGUAUACACCAAAGUCUCUCCGUUAACAGUCCAGAGGACUAUUAAUUAAUCGACUACAGACUAUGCGAAGCCAAAUUAGUGUUUUGUAUUCCUUGCGAUGUGAAGUAUGUAUCUGAAGUAUGGGAAAGAAAAGUCGCCCCUGAUUUCAUGCGAAUUUAAUUGGCCGAAAUCGGCGAAGAGUUUCCAGUCGCGAUAUUUAAAUUCGCCAAAGAACCUGCAAUCUUCCGCAAUGCACGACAAUAGACAACACGAUCGUUAUAAUAUUAUCAUAGCUAUAACAAGACACGAUGCCGUAAGGUGUGUGCAUGCGUGCGUGCGUGCGUGCGAGUUCUCUGUUAUAUUAAUUAUGGAAGAAACGGUGAAAUAGGGUUUUUAUUUUAACGAGGAUUUGUUGAUGCGUCAAUCAAAGGUCUAUCUGAUCGUUUUCGGUAUCAUGAAGGAUCACAUUGAGUAUAUAAUUAUGUGUCUGUGAUUCCGUCCUUAUUUAUAUGUAACGUGGAAUUCCCGUCAGAAUGGAGAAUAACGAGGAGAAGUUUCUAUUGGCAUCGCGAACGAACGAAACUGUCAAGCCCGCGGUGAACAGCGAUGCUUCUUCUCAACUCGUGUCUGGCCAUAAUCUAGUGCAAUAUUAGUGAUCUUAUGUUAAGUAUACUGUGAAGCAUCGUCACCAAUACACAGCGAACACCGUCGAUUAGAAGUGAGUUGAGUUGCACCGAUUGCUCUGUCGCUGCGUGUAAGCGUGGAAAUUUUUGUUUCGAUUAAUGCGAUCGUUCUGUCUCUCCUUAUGGGAACCCGCAGUAAACGAACGAGCACGAAAAGAGCAACUUUAAGGCUUAUAUUAAUAGUCAUUACUUGAAACCUAUCUCGCGUGAGAUACUCAGAUGAGAUAAUUCAGAGUCAAACUUGAGUUUUUUACUUGAAUCACACGAUAUAUGUCACAUUACAUUUGCAAUCGCGAUUCAGUUAAAGGAUUCGCAUCUAACUUUAAAUUCAAAUCUAAACCUCUCAUCUGAAGUAAGCCUUUGAAGUAACGGCUAUUAAUACAGGCCUAACAGGUCAUACGACUCAACGCUAAUCGACGUCGGUGCACAUCGUAAAUUUAAUACAGCUUGACUUGAUUAAUCGAAUGAGUGAUAUAAUCAGUAGGACGCGUAGCGCGGUUACGCAUCAGAUUUAUAGUAAAUUUUAAUCGAUUCCGCAGGUGUGAAAGCAGUAGGAUAAGUUUAUUUUAGCGUGUGUAUGUGUGAACGGAAUUUUGUAAUUGGAAUUUAAUAAAAUAUCUUUAUCCAAGA